CUUUUCAUGAGUCAUUUAUUACUUACUCGGGAUCGUUCGUUUGGUCGACUUCGCAAUAUUUUGCGUUGGACCAGUGAGUCGUUGACUUUUCAACUUGUCGACGACAAUAGUCAUGUUUGUCUCUUCUGUGUUUAUCCUGCGUUUUGUUUGGGGCCUUUGUUAUAUGCCUUUCCUGAUAGCGUUCAACUAUUAACUGUUGUUUGUUGGACUCGCGAAGAUUGUCAACAAGCUGAACAAUUUGUACAACAACAAUAUCCUAAUCGUUUCCAUUGUCAAUAUGUACACUGCAAUUGUGAGGAAACCUCACUAGCUUCUGUUUUAACAGAAAAGUAUGAUAUCAUUCUUUGUUGGGGUUGGUUGGAACGAUUGUUUUCUUCCUUAGAGUUGGUAAAGGACUUUUUGACUCAAGUUUCCUUAAAGUUGCAACCAAAGGGAUUCUUUGCUGGCAUAACCAUCAAUAGCAGUUACAUUUGGACCAUGGCUCAGAAAUACUUGGAAAGACAUGCGGCUGCUUCUUAUCCUAUGAUAAUCGAAAACCCACUUUGGACUUUGAUACUUUUACAGGGAGAUGUGUUUUCUUCCAUCGGUACGCCGUUGAGUAUUCGUUAUCACAGUGAAAUGAGAACGUCACGGCUACCAGAAACAGAAUAUUUAGUACAUGCACCUACAUUGUUUCAUUAUUGUGAUGCUUUUGGUUUGGAGUGGAUCGAUUGGUUGAGUGGUCGUGACUGGUGGUCUGCUCAUAAGAACAUUGGAUUUCAACGUUUGAUGGAAAUGGGUGUGAUAACAAAGGAUUCUCGUCAUUUGAGUAAAGAAGAAUAUGAAUUGUUGGGAAUAUUUGCAUGUUUUAUAACGAUUAAACAUAGUUCGAGUCAAUGAAUGGUUAACAGAUUGGACAGUUUUUCUUGCCAUUCCGUAAGCGUAGGUAAGUGUUUCUCCU